AUGAAUAAAAACAUCCAAAAUAGAAUAAGUAUUACAAAGAGUACGGCAGGAGUGACAUACAACGACGCAGUUACACCCACUGAAAGCCAACGACUGCAGGAUGGAGAACCGACCCUGGAGCUCGCGCAGCCGACGUAUGCAUCACGCUUUUGGUUCUUUAAUUACCUUAAAAUGUGCACCCUCCGAUUAAUAAAUGACCUAUACACAACUUUCAUCACGUAUUGGUAUCCCAACCGCGAGAUCCUACCGGCUCAUAUCGUGAAUCUAAUGCAAGUGCAAAGCAGGCUCCGCGCGGAACGAGAGUCGCACGCGGUCACGCUCAGCAGCGAAGAUGAUGCGGGCAUCCACUUUACACCAAAAGAUCUUGAUUUCCCUGAAAGUGAACGUGAACCAAUGUUCGUCAUUGUGGAUUCAAGCAGCAUCAGUGAUCCAAGUUCUAAGGAAUUGCUUAUCGACAAUGAGUUUCACGGUAGAGAUAAGAUUCCAACAAGAUACAUGAAUAACAAAGUUAAGCCUGUGGACUUACCGUCAACCAGCACCGAUCUUCGAAGUGAAUUGAUGCCGCCGCUGCUGAAAGGAACCGAUUCGUCUGUUGAAAUGCAAAUAAUGGACAUAAACCUUCAAAGUGAUAACGAACUAAUAGUGAAUGACUCCGACUGCGAAAAUGAUUCCAUAGUAAUAUCUUACUUACGAAACAAGGAUGCCUUUUUGGACUUCGAUGGCACGCUAAUAUCAACGAAAAAGAAAUCGUCCCUACUAGAAAGUGUACCGAAGUUGGAAACAAUAUUAGAGAGUGAACAAUUUAAGCUUUCGGACGAAUCUUUAGAUUCCGUCAUACCUACGUACCCGACAUCAAUGCGAACAUCUAUUCAACUUGAAAGUCAAUCUACCCACACUUUAUCAACCUCGUCAUUAUUUUCAAAUGAAGGAACCAAUAAAUACAAACGGGCUAUUGAAUUCCUGCACAAUGACAAUGAUUUCUUGAUAGCUGCUGAAUUGGGAGAUGAAAAGUUGUUACGGAUACUGUUAAACCGAGGAGCUAAUAUAAACGGCAUUGAUCAUGUAGGUCGUAAUGCUCUUCACUUGGCUGUUUGCUCCGGAAAUCAACACUCGGUCUUGAUGCUUCUAAAGGCUGGAGUGCCUGUCAAUAAAAAAGACCAUUUGGGCAUGACACCGCUAUCCCUGUGCUUAAUGAGAAGGCCUUCUUGGCGCAUGGCGUCUAUGCUAUUCGACCAUGGCGCUAGACUCAUGCCAAGAUCAACUCCAAUGGACACUGGUUUAUUCCUACAAUUUGUUAUGAUGUGUAUACCGACCAAAGAAGAAGAAAGAAUACUACGUCUUCUCGUGGAGAAAGGUGCGGCAGUUAAUGACCCCGAUGCACCGGGUGGGCGACAACCUUUACACUUUGCAGCUAUGAGCAAUAACAUUCGUCUUAUAAACAUCUUAGUGGACUUAGGAGCCAAUUUAUAUGCAGUUAAUCAUCGAAAUCAAACACCGAAAGAUGUCGCAGCGACAUUUAAUUGUAAAGAAGCAUUCGGUCUUUUGGAGCAAUUUGAAGAGCUCAGCAGUCUGAUGAUUGAUAUGGACGAAGAGACUUUGAUAUGCUCGACUUCAUCAAGCAAUAUUGAAGAUUUUCUUGCAGUUUAA